UCAGUCAACAUGGACACCACCUCCCACCCAACCCACGCCUCGAUCCUAUCCCAAAUAUCAGCCCAAGUCUCCACCUACCACGAAACUUCAACCCCUUUCCGCAUCUACCACGGCUCUACCCUCUCAACCCGCACCUCCCCGCGAAAAACCACCGCUCUGAUAAACACCUCCCCACUCAACACCAUCCUCUCCAUCGCACCAUCCUCCAAAACCGCCCUCGUAGAACCAAACGUUCCCAUGGACGCCCUAGCAACCGCCACUCUCGCCCACAACCUGCUCCCGAAAGUCGUCAUGGAACUCCCGAAUAUUACUGUAGGCGGGGGUUUCGCGGGAACGUCUGGCGAAUCGAGUUCGUUCCGGCACGGACUAUUUGAUAGAGGGGUACGCGGGAUUGAAAUCGUGCUUGGGAAUGGGGAGGUAGUUUGGGCGACGAGGGAGAAUGAGCAUCGGGAGUUGUUCUUUGCGUGUGCGGGGAGUUGUGGGAGUUUAGGGGUGAUCACGGCGUUGGAGAUGGAGCUAGUGGAUGCGGGGGGAUGGGUGGAGUUGGAGUAUGUUGCUGUCCGGAGUGUGGAGGAGGCUGUGCGUGUUUGCGAGGUGGCUUGUGCGGAUGAGGGGGUGGAGUAUGUGGAUGCUAUUUUGUUCGGGCUGGGGAGGGGGGUUGUUAUGGUUGGACGGAUGAGGAGUGAUGAUGGGGGUUUAGAGGUUGUGAGGUUUGAUCGGAGGGGGGAUCCGUGGAUGUAUUUGCAUGCUGAAGAAGUGAUGGAUGGGCUACUUGGUGAAGAGGGAGGGAAGGGUGGAGAGAGACGGACUGUCAAGGAGGCGGUGCCAGUAAAGAGUUAUCUAUUUCGCUAUGAUCGGGGGGUGUUCUGGUCGGGACUGCGUGCGUUCAACUACUUCAUGACGCCGUUCAAUUCCUGGACGCGAUAUCUCUUAGAUCCGUUCAUGCGAUCGCGGACUAUGAUUCACGCGCUCCACCGCUCGGGGUUGGCCUCACAGGCACUGAUUCAAGAUCUAGCAGUGCCGUUCGACAAAACAGACGAAUUCAUAAGGUGGACCGAUGAGCGGACGGGCAUGUGGCCGUUAUGGCUGUGUCCCGUGCGCAAAGCGCCAAAAGGGGAAGAGAGCUUCAGUAUGGGUGUCAGCGUUGAUAGAGAUGACAAUGAACUAUUGAUGGACGUAGGAAUCUGGGGGAUGGGCCCGAAAGAACCUUACUCUUUCAUCAAACUCAAUCGGGACUUUGAGAAGAAAGUUGCGGAACUCAAUGGCCUGAAAUGCCUUUACGCACACGCUUACUACACUGAGGAUGAGUUCUGGAAGCUCUACGACGAGGAAAAGUAUAAACGUCUCAGAAAGCAAUACCAUGCGCAAGGUUUACCGAGUGUCUAUGAGAAAGUUAGGGUCGAUCUUAAGGGUGUUGCUGGGCCUGCGGCGACGAGAGAUCCAGAAACCUGGGGGGCAUGGGCGUCUCGAAGAUUCUGGCAGACCUGGCCGAUGGGAGGGCUGUACGGUGUUGCAAGUGCAACAAAAGGAUUAGUAGUGGAAAGCGAUUUCCUACUCAAGUAG